CCACCAACGAGCUGCCAAACCACCCAUCACGAUGCCUCAAGACCUUCCUCCAGUUGGUGGCUACAAUGCCGUCCAGUACAAGCGCAACUUGCCGGCCAGAGGCUUCCGCCCAGCAUAUCUGCUUCUCGGAAUGGGGGCAUUGAUGACAUACGGCUUCUGGAGAGUUGGACAGGGAAUCAGAGAACAAAAUGAGCUUGCACGAGAGAAGAUGUGGUCGAGAAUCUACCUGAUUCCGAUGUUGACGGCAGAGGAGGACAGAGAUCUUGUGCGUAGGCAUUUGGCCGACCAGAACAGAGAGAAGAAGCUGCUGGGCAAGACUACGAGCGCAUACAAUUCCGAUAGAUUUAUGCGACCUACAUUCGCAGCGACACCUCAGGGGAUUUCGAAAUAAAGGGAUGGAUGAAUGGCGUGGGCACCUGAACUCUGUAUAUAUGUAAUGGAACCAAUUGAGUUGCCACCAAGAGUGCAUAUCGAAAUUUAUUUAUGA